UACAAAUACCCAACACUUAAUUUCAACCCUAUUCAAAACACUCUUGCUUAAUUCCUCUCUAAUGGCUACUAGUGAGACUUCUUGCUGUCUCCAAGAAGAACUCAAAAUUUUUCACAACAUUGACCGCCUAGCGUAUACUCGUUUAGUGUUUCACCUGGGUUUGCCUCCUAAAAUCGGCUCCAAAAUUGUGGCCUUCUGGAAUUGGCUUGAACGUGUUGGCUACGUUAAUUUUGUCGACAAUUCACUGGACUUGUCUCCUCCGUUGUUUCUUGAAUUAUCACUGGAGUCUGAAGCCUGCCUGGAUUGCUUAAAGAGAGAAUCUUUUUCGGAUAGUGAUGAGAGAUUGCUUCCACUGAUUUGUAGUCUUGCUGGGGAGCCUCUUUCUUUGAAAGUUGUUUAUGAAAACAAACUGCAUGCAAUAAGACACAUGAAGGAAUUUAAUAGGGAUGUGGGCAAGAGGAUCUUUAAUGACAUAACGCCAACAAGAAGCUCGGCUAAUGGUGAUUUGGUUAACGUAUGUGAAUAUUAUGGAAAUCUUCAAGGGCAAGAUGAACAAGCUGAUAAUAAUAACAAUGGCAGUCACAAUAUAUAUAAUGUUCCUGAUAAUAAAACUCUGUUUGCAACAUUCUCCAAGGGUCAUCCCAUUACAUAUCAAGAACUUGAAGAGUUUUUCACCAGGAGAUAUGGAGGAGAUUGUAUCGAGAAUAUAUACAUGAGUGAAUUGUUUGCUCGCGUGGUGGUAACUUCACCCAAAUAUAUUACAAGGAUUCUUGGAGAGACAGAGAUUUUGCAGUCCAAUAUCCAUGGAAAAGAUGUAAGAAUAAGACGUUUUAUCCCCAGAGGCCCCCCACCACCACCACCACCAAUCUGAUCUAAAUUACAUUACAAAGAGCGCAAUUGGGGUCUGUAGUACCACUCGAGAAAAAAAAUUGUCACGGAAAAGAAAACUUCAAAAAGAGCACUAGUAACACGUUCUUAUUUUAGAUUGUUUUGGGGAAGACCAAUAUAUA